AUGAGUGCGAACUCUCAAGCGCGCCAGAAAGAGAUUCUUGUCCUUAUUGAAAAUCUUCUAGAACAAGAAGAGAUUUACUGGCUACAACGUGGUCGAGCCAAUUGGCUCCGCAACACCUCGUUCUUCCACAAUGCGGCUACCGCCAGGAAGAAAAGAAAUCAGAUUAAAAAGCUUUCGGAUGAUACAGGUGUUUGGUUGCAAGAUUCUGAUUUAAAGGACCACAUCAAGGGGUAUUUUUCAAACUUAUUUUCAUCUGAACUUACCCAACCGAGCCUGGAGGUUCUUUCUCUUGUUCGAAGGAAAGUGACUGAUGAGAUGAAUAAUGCUCUUCUCGCCCCCUAUACGGCUGACGAUGUUCGGAAAGCUCUCUUUGAGAUUGGUGAUUUAAAGGCACCGGGACCGGACGGCCUCCAUGCUAUCUUUUAUAAAAGGUUUUGGUCUAUGCUGGGGGAUGACCUGACUGACGAGGUCCUGCAGGCGAAGACGCUUUGUAUUUUGCUUGGAGCAUCGUACUCACUUGGGCCCUGCAACCCACUCGCACGGGCCUCCCCAGCGCACUGCGGCCCUUGGCCCUUCGUCGCCUCACUCUCCUUCCCCCCGCCGGCGCAGCAGCGAGAAGAUCCUCCGAUCCCCAUAUUUGCCGGCGACGAGCGAGCCCUCGUACGCGCCGCUCCGGGGAGCGUCGCCGCCGUCCUUCCCCGCGACGGCGACGCGUACAGCGGCAGAGCGGGAGGAAGCGCCCACUGCUCUCGUACUGAUCUGAUGGAAUACCGUCGGCAGUCAAUCACCAUGACGAAAAGAAGCCGUGGGACCAUCCUCGACGACCUCCCCGAGUGGAUUAUCAUCGAAGAGAUCCUCAUCCGGUUGCCACCAAAGGACGUUCUUCGCUGCCGCGCUGUCCGCAAGUUGUGGUGCAGUGCCACCUCCACCGACAAGUUCAUGCUCGGCAACUGCCUACGCCAGCCGUCGCUCCCUGUUAUCAACCAGGAUAUCCCUGGGCAGGAAGGAGUCACCUUCGUUGUCUUCCGUGACAAUGGUGUCGGAGCCUCCAAUCAAAAGCUCUGGCCAAUCAUUCAACACUCUAAGUUCCAUAAUCUCCUGGGGGCCUGUGAUGGCUUUCUCAUCUUGUCCGAUGCAUCCCAUUUCUGGAUCUGCAAUCCAGCCACUCGCAGAUGUGCUCCGCUACCACAACCUCGAGUUCCAUCGGCAGGGGGGUCCUGCAUCUACAUAGCUGGCUUUUACCGGCACCAUCCAUCUGGAGAAUACCGGGUGCUCUGGUUCUCGCAUGGCCAUGAACGUGGCUACAUUCUCUCGGCAGGAUCUGACAAGCCGAGAAUGAUCAGACGGCCGUCAGUGUCAUCGCGUUUGUCGAAAUGUAUGCGCGAAGGGGCUUUUGAUUCCUGCUAUAGUUCACAAGUCAACCACCGCGGCAGCCUGCACUGGUUAACAGGAAUUGACAUGGAGACUCCCAUGGACAUUAUGGUGUUCGACACUGUAACUGAGAAGUUCCGGUGGAUGCGCAGUUCUGGCCAGUUGGGCCGUCAGGUGUCAUUGUGGGAGAUGGACGACAAGCUUGCUUCGUGCAGCACCAAUGAUGCCAGCAUAGAGAUUUGGAUGAUGCAAGACUACGAGGCUGAGGCCUGGGCCUUGAAGUACCGGAUUAACUUGUUAGCGAUGAAGACAUCACCACAGUUUGAGUAUAUUUCUAAGAUGUCACUGCUUAACCAGCGUGAGCUGCUGAUCUGUUGUCACAAUCCAUUGGACGGUCCUGACUAUCUUUUGCACUGUGACAUUGACGGAAAGUUUUUGGGAUAUUACGAAAUUAAAGGGGGAACAUAUUCUGUUUACUUCACUAAUCAGUACUUUCAGGAGAGCAUGAUUCCACUUCCGUACAGCGAGAUGCAAGAAGGUGGUUUGGAUAAGGAGCCUUCAUUCUUCUAGGGCUUUAAAGUGGUUUGUACUUCUAGUUUGCCAUGUACUAAUGCCUUUGGAUUGUCCAUCCUUUAGGAGCAUAUGGUCCUAGUUCUUACUUUAUAAUACUAGUAGAACUGAACAACUUAUAUGGCUGUGCUCGCACUUUUACUACCAUCUGGUGCCUUUUG